GCCGUUCACCGCCCCGAUUCGCUCCAGUCCCCUCAUCUCCAUCACUCCAGCAAAUCUCGCCUCUCAAUCGGAACAACCUCUAACUACAACAUAUUUGCUCGUCCCAGCUGGGAGUCGUCGGUCUCCCUGAAUUGGACAUUCGGCGCUGCCACGUGGUUUCCCGCUUGUGUCGACUCCUGAACACGAUGACUGUCUAUUCCUUUUACAUCUUCGACCGUCAUGCUGAGUGCAUAUACAAAAGGCGUUGGCUCCCUCGGCCUACCUCAGCCGUUGGCAAAUCCUCGCGACCUACCUCCGAUACCCCAACAGUAGCCAAUGGUCUCACAUCUGUCUCCGGCCCGUCGACGCGGACAACGGACGAUGAUGCGAAGCUGAUUUUCGGGACUGUUUUCUCGCUUCGAAACAUGGUGCGGAAGCUAGGAGGGGAUGACGACAACUUUGUUACGUAUCGCACCAGCCAGUAUAAACUUCACUACUACGAGACACCUACGAACAUCAAAUUCGUGAUGCUUACAGACGUCAAGAGCCCAAAUAUGCGGGUUGCGUUACAACAAAUCUACAUCAACCUAUACGUGGAAUAUGUUGUCAAGAACCCGCUAUCACCCACUGAACACCCCGGUGGUGAAGGUGUGAAUAACGAACUUUUCGAACAAUCACUGGAGCAAUUUGUGACCCGCGUCCUCGCCUAAAUCAACUUAGGUAGUAGAUAUCGAGCCGAUGGCCUAACUGACACCUAACCCGACCCGCAU